AUGUCCCACAGUCUUUGCGAAGCAGAAAUAAAGAAGUUUGAGGAUAGCAUACAGUAUUGGUUCCUGACGCUUCCAGAGACUAAUGAGUACAAGUUCUUUAGAAAAAGAUUGGCUGAUGUUCGUAAGCAUAAGACACUCAGUAGUUCAGUCAAACCUGAAGCUGUAGAUAAUUGCAAAUCAGAAAUUGAUGAAUUUAUCCCCACCAAAAGACGUCGCUCCAGAUGGGACGAAGAAACCAAUGAACCUAAAAUAAAUGGAUCAGUAAAAGAUUUCUCGGAUGGCUCUUUGGCUUCUGCGAUUGCACUAGCAAAAGCUGCUGCAGCUGCUGCAAAAACUCAAGGAACUACUUCUAAUCCAAAUCAGUUCACAGGCGGUGUUGUACUUACACCUGAGCAAGCUGAACAAAUACGUUAUCAAAAGGAACUUCAAGCUAUGCAAGAGUUUAUUUUAGCACAAAAACGAUCAAAGUCUAAAGAGGAAGAACUUAUGAAUCGAAUUGAGGUUAUCAAAUAUGAGUAUGAUUCCGACGAGGACUGUGAAAAUGGAACAUGGGAGCAUAAAUUAAGACAAGCGGAAAUGGAGGCAACCCGAGAAUGGGCUCAGAAAUUAACUGAAAUGGGUCAUGGAAAACAUCAUAUUGGGGACUUUCUACCACCGGACGAAUUAGAGCGUUUCAUGGAAACUUUCCGUUUAUUACACAUGUCACUACGGGGAAUCAACCGUCAUAAAGGCACGAACAACUCGACUGUUGAUGACGUAUUUGUAAAACAGGAGAAAUUCAACAAUCGUUGGAACCGUUUGUCUUUUGAUAAAAUCGAAUGCUUUGGGUGUUCACCUUCAUGGCCAUCGGAACAGCUGUUAAAGAAUCCUAUUUUUCUUUUCUGUUUUUACACAUCCUGUAUAUGUCGAUACCUAAUAGGCUUUAAUA